AUGAGUGUCAAGGCAAACAAGCCCCCGAUCGUCAACACUCGAUGCGUUGUACACUUAUUUCAAUGUGAUUUGUGCGAUGCAAAUUAUGUCGGCUACACUGCCCGACACUUACAUCAACGCAUAAGUGAACACCGUUUUUUAGCCAUCGGGAAACACCUUGAAACACAGCAUGGCAACAACAGAACACAGGUUGACCAUCUUUUCAAAGUUCUGAAGAAAUGUAACAGCAAGUUUGAUUGCUUAGUCUACGAGAUGUUAUACAUAAAGGACAUCAAGCCUUCUCUUAACACACAAGGCGACUCCAUUCGCGCCAAACUAUUUACGUGA